AUGAACAGCUUCCAACAAACCGCUGAAAACUUCGCUGUCGAUCAAGUUGAAAACCAAAUCAACUCUAAGUUUGGUACCAACUUUGACUUCAACAACAACAACAGCAACAAUAACAACAGCAACAGCAACAACAACAGCAACAACAACAGUAACAACUCUGCUUCCAAUUUGGAAUCCAUGGCUUCAUCUUUCUUGAGUGGUAGUGGUAGCAACAACCAAGCUUCUCUGAUGCUCAGUUCCGUUGCUUCUUCUUUCUUGGGUGGUAACUCUAACAACAACUCUAACAACUCUAACAACAACAACAACAGCAACUCCAACUCCAACUCUAGCUACGGUAACAACAACAAUAACAACAACAAUAACUCUAGCUACGGUAACAGCAACAACAACAACAACAACAACAACUCUGACUACGGUAACAACAACAACAACAACAACAACUCUGACUACGGUAACAACAACUCUAAUUACGGUAACAACAACAACAACAACUCCAACUCCGGUUCUAACUACGGUAACAAUAACAACAACUAUGACGACAACUACUAA